AUGACAACCCGCAGCGACCAAGCUUGCAAAGCCUGUAAAAAGCAGAAGCGACGUUGUGAUAAGGCUCUUCCAGAGUGUAGCCUAUGCAAGCGGACUCAGCGCCUGUGCGAGUAUGGCGUUGCCGCUGAUUCCCAGCCAAGUGCUAGUGAUUGGAGUACGAUGAAAGCGCGUCUCAGUGAGCUUGAGAAUAGAUUGGCCAAUUCUCCGAGAGCUACUGAGCAGCACGUUUUGAGCCCAAUUUCAGGUCCAUCUUCGGGGGCGGUGUUGGAGCAGGGAUCGACGCCAGGCGCGACAUUACGCAACUCCAUCGAUACGCACAGCAUCGAGUCGAAUGGCAUCUUUUCAUCGUCUCAAUCUAUCGGAUUCACGCCUGCGUACUCUACUGUCGAUCAUCCCGGUUCAGCAUUGGAGACGCGUUUUCCGACAUCUAUGUUUCUCGAUGUUGACUGCUGUGUAUGGUCUCAUGCCAUACUGCCAGUCCCAACCGGCAACAUUCCUGCGCCCGUCCUCGCGCUUCUCAGCCAAGGUAACGUCGUCCUAGAUGUAUCACAGACAUACUUUGCGACGAUUCAUAUUUGGUUUCCGAUGAUAUCUAAGAAGAGGAUGGAUAUGGGUCUGCCGGUGCAGAAUGCAGGCCCCGAUCUCGCCAUACUGUUCCUUGGGAUGAAGCUUGUAACCACUCCUGCUAUCGAUAUAACCGGAUCAGCCUUAUAUGAUACAGCAAAAAGCUUCGUUGCUAGUCUGGAGAGCAAUGGUGUUGUCUCGCUGCUCUGCCUUCAGGCUAUGAUCCUCGUAGCUUUAUAUGAAUAUUCCCAUGCGAUAUAUCCGGCAGCUUGGAUGACUGUUGGGUCGUGCGCCCGAUACGCUGAUAUCCUGGGCAUUAUGCCUGGUGAAUACUCUCCAUUGGGUCAAGUGACAACAUGGACAGAAGCCGAAGAGAGGAGGAGGGUAUGGUGGAGUAUCUAUAUCCUAGACAAGCUCGUGUCACUGGGAAGUAGAAAGCGUUGCUUACUUCCAGAAUUCCAUCCCCAGUGUAAACUCCCAGUCGAUGAUGAUGUAUGGGUCAAGGACCGCGGCCAAGUGAACAUAGCCAUCAAUCACUCAACCUCAAUAUCAUAUCACACCCAACAAGAACCAUACGCAAGGCUAUGCCAAGCGUCGAUGUAUCUCGGACGCGCCAUAAGCUACGCUCAGGAUAACUCAACCAUGACAAGUUCUCGUAUUGAAGAAAUCAUGUCUCUCGCUGGCGAGUUGUCAGAUUUUGCGACAGUCGUGGAUAAUGAAAGUGCGGCUCUCAGUCCCGAGAAAAGUCUUGCCCUUCUAGCUCCUCGAUUUAUCUUUCGCUCAGCGCUCUUUGUCGCCCUUGAACGUUUCACUUGCCCGGAAAAUAUCAGUGCCGAGCCUGGGUAUAUAGAGAUUCCCGGGGACAAGACACUGAAUGAGAUUGAGCUUCAGAGGCAAUCCAUGUGUAUCAUAGAACAGGCCAGCGAACAAAUACAUACUGUGGGUACGGAGCUGCUACGCUCAUUCAGAACCGAAGGAAUAUUCUUGAUGUCCGAAGUAAGCCCUUUCAUCUUGGAUUCCAUCUAUGCUAGCGCAGCGACAUUUCACUGGCUUCUUGGCGAGGGCGAGAAUGAGGUCUACCGCACAGCUGCUGCUGACUUUGAUUUUUUUCUCGAUACUAUAAGCUCGAGAUGGAGGCUCGGUAGCACGUAUCGCGAGAUGCUGACGGUUCACGAUGUCACAGCGAGGGUAGAAGCUAGAACGACGUAG